CGUCACCGCCGUCGCCCCAAUCCCGCGCCCAAACCCCUCCGCCUCUCACGCGGGCCGCCGCCAUCGCCGUUCCCGUUCUUCCUCAUCCCGGCAUCGUGUCCCUGCUGUCCCCGCCCCGUCCUCAAUCCUUCGCCAUUUGGGGUUUUGAGGUAUGGGCUUGUAUCCAUCCAUUGAUUAGUUAAGCCCCGCUGAGCUCCACAAUUCCUUGUUCCGCCGGUGCACACCCGGCGCACCAUCUAGAUCCGCCCCUGGAAUCCAAAGGUUUCGGCUUGGCAGAAAUCGAGCACAAAUAGGCCUUUGCCUGCUCAUGGGGAGUCGGAAACUGCCAUCGCGGUCCGGGCGCGGCGGCGGCGGUGCUGGCGCCGGCGCCGGCGCCUCGCAGCGCGGGGAGGUGCAGAACCUGGCGAGGCAAGGGUCUCUGUAUAGCCUCACCCUCGAUGAGGUGCAGAACCAUUUGGGGGAACCCUUGCAGAGUAUGAACCUCGAUGAGCUGCUUAGGAGUGUCUUUCCUGAUGACAUGGAGCCUGACGGCGCAACUACCAGCCAGUAUGAGCCGAGUUCAAGCCUCUUGCGCCAGGGUAGCAUCACGAUGCCAAACGGGCUCAGCAAGAAGACAGUGGAUGAGGUGUGGCGGGGCAUCCAGGAUGAACCCAAAAGGAGUGUCCCGGAGGGUGGUCGGCGCAAGCGGGAGAGGCAGCCGACACUUGGGGAGAUGACACUUGAGGAUUUCUUGGUCAAAGCAGGGGUCUUCACUGAAGGUUGUCUCAAGAACUCGAACGAUGUUGGCAAUGUGGGUCUGGUGGGGACAGGUGCCACAGCAGCUGGAGCCACCGGUUUGACAUCCGGGGCACAGUGGUUAGAUCGAUAUCAGCAGCAGCUUGCAGCAGCCGAGACUCAUCAGCAUGUGCAGCAAAUUGUGCCUGGUGCUUAUAUGCCCAUGCAGUUAGUCCCCCAGCCACUGAAUGUUGUUGGGCCUGGUGCUAUUCCGGAGUCUGCUUACUCUGAUGGAUCACCAAUGGUCAGUCCAAUUUCUGAUUCCCAGACACCUGGGAGAAAGCGUGGUGUACCAGGAGAUGGCCCAAAUAAGUUUGUGGAGAGAAGGCAGAAGAGGAUGAUCAAGAAUAGGGAGUCGGCUGCCCGUUCAAGGGCUAGGAAGCAGGCCUACACUAAUGAACUCGAAAACAAGGUAUCCCGUUUAGAAGAGGAGAAUGAGAGGCUAAAGAGGCAAAAGGCGUUGAACAUGAUGCUUUGCGCUGUGCCUCUGCCGGAACCCAAGUAUCAACUCAGGAGAACGACCUCAGCGGCUUUCUGAAUCGGCCCGCAUUAGUUUAUUUUGUAGGUGUCUCGUGUAAGUUUUGCCUCUUCAUUCAGGAGCAGGAGCAUUAGCUAGCUUGGGAGUUCUUAUUUUCUUCUGUAUCCCUGCUCUGUGAUUUGUGCCGUGUAGGAUCCUAGCAUGUGUUUGUGUUAGCACCUAGCACUUUUAUCUAUUUGCUGAGGCCCUGCCACUAGUCUAGUAUGUAAGUCUGCCGGACAGAUUCAAGUUCCCGGAGCUAUCUAUACAUGGUGACUUGUCUU